GCGCAGUAUUCUAUUUAAACUAAUAUGGUUCAUUCUCAAAUUAAUGAAGAACAGGAAAGAUUUCUGAAUGAAGCUCUUACUAACGUUAAAUCACAGGCAUCGCAAAUGAAAAACUGCUUCGAUAAAUCAAAAUUGAUGGAUGGGCUUAAAUUUUGUUCAACAAUGUUGAACGAAUUAAGAACAUCAGAUUUAUCACCAAAGAGCUAUUAUGCUCUGUAUAUGUCAGUUGUUGAUGAAUUAAGAUAUCUAGAAGGUUUUCUGAUAGAAGAAGUCAAAAAAAAUAUCAAAAUAACAGAUAUAUACGAAUUGGUUCAGUAUGCUGGCAAUAUUGUGCCUAGAUUAUAUUUGUUAAUAACAGUUGGUGUUGUAUAUAUCAAAACUCUUCCAAUAAACACACUUGACAAUAAACAAACUAACAAUGUUGUUAAUAAAAAGGCAGAAAUAAUUAGAGAUUUAGUUGAAAUGUGUAGAGGAGUGCAACAUCCUUUAAGAGGCCUAUUUUUACGAUAUUAUCUACUUCAAUCACUAAGAAAUUCUCUCCCAGAUAAUAAACCAAUGUCUAUACUUAAUCUUGAUAAAAAUAAUAUUGUUUCACCUAGAGAAAAUUCUUAUAAAACACAAACUCAAAAAGACAGCACACACUUUGUAGAAAAUGACUUGAAAAAGGAUGCUGACAAUAUUAUUGACAAUGGUAUUAAUAUCGAAUAUAACAUCGUAAACAACACGAAUGGCAUUAAUGGAUCCGGAGACCGAGAAAUGAUUACUAAAUCAAAUCCUAACAAUAUAAUUGAUGGGGGUCUGGAUGACAACACUAAUAUCUCAGUAAUUGAUAUCGAAGAUGAAGAGAAUCAUCUAAAAAGCUUCCAAAAUUCUAAUAAUCUAAAUAGGCUAUCCCACCAUCUUUCUGCAUCGUCGUCCUCAUCUGUCCUUGAUUCGGUCGAAUUUUUACUUCUUAAUUUCGGGGAAAUGAACAAGCUAUGGGUCAGGAUGCAACAUUUGGGUCAUUCCAAGGAUAAGGAUAAAAGAGAGAUGGAAAGAAGGGAUCUUCGGUUGUUAGUCGGUACCAAUUUAGUGCGACUCAGCGAACUUGAUAAUGUUCAGAUCGACGAAUACAAAAAAAUUAUAUUACCUGGUAUCUUAGAACAAAUAGUGAGCUGCAGGGACGUUAUAGCUCAAGAAUAUAUCAUGGAAUGCAUUAUACAAGUAUUCCCCGACGAAUUCCACUUAGCCACUCUAAACAGCUUUUUGAAGGCGUGCUCUCAAUUACACCCAGACGUCAAGGUCAAAAAUAUCAUGAUUUGCUUGAUAAAUAGAUUGGCUAGGUAUGCUCAAAAAGAAGGUCCUUCCUCCUUGGUCAUUGAUGAAGAUAUUAAAUUAUUUGACGUUUUUUCCGAGCAAAUUUCUCAAAUUAUACAAGCUAGAUCGAACGUAAUAUCAUCCGAGGACAUUGUAUGCUUACAGAGUUGUUUAAUCAACCUCGCUUUAACAUGCUACCCUCAAAACAUGGAAUACGUGGACAGAUGUCUCGAUACUAUGACAAAGAUAUUUAAGAAGAUGAACAUUUUGAAAAUACACCACGCCUCUAUAAUUUGCAAAGAACUCUCCAAAAUGGUCAAGUCUAUAGUUGACGGGUAUAUGCACGAUGGAGAUUUACUUAAAAUCGCCAGACUUAAUCAUUUAGCCCCGUUGUUUUGGUUUUUCGACCGCGCCUCAACCCUUGACGUGUGUGGUUAUCUUGUUGGGAAAUUGUUGGAAAAAGGAUCACUCAUAACGGAUGCUAAAAUGGUGAACGACGUAAUGAACCUUCUUAAGCCAAUAUUGUCAAACGAAAUUUCAGGUAAAGAGCAACACCGUGAAGAAUCUCAAAUCUCCCGUGCAGAUGUCGAUGAAAGUGACGAAGUUGACGCCCAGAUAGAGUUGGCCAAGCUUAUAAAUUUGGUUAAAUCACCUGGCAACUUGGAUAUGCAUUUUUUGUUGCUCAAAACAGUAUACUCUUACUUUGAACACCUUCCGGCAUCCAAAAUAAAAUAUUCCAUACCUACCAUUGUAUUCGGAUGCCUUAGUAUUUGCGAAAACUUGUUAGGAUCUUAUGACGAAGGGGGAUCCAUAUCUAAUGAGGAAAGCCAUUUAUCCGCCAAGCUCUUAACCAUAACCAAAUUCGUCCAUUCCUCCAUCUUCGUUAUGAGUGAAAGAGAACUUUAUGAGCAAGCCCUGAAACUCUACCUACAAGCGUCGCUCGCUGUAAAUUCGUUGGUAGCCAAUAUUAAAGCCAAACCAGAUCUCGCUAAGAGUUUUAGGAUGGAGGAAUUUGAAAGCGUUGCUUACGAAUUCAUGAGCCAGUCCUUCUCCAUAUACGAAGAUGACAUAGCGGAUAGUAAAACUUUGUUUACCUGUCUCAACAUUAUAACAUCCACAUUUUCCUCAAUUUCCUGUUUCGGUGCCGAAAACCAUGAAUCUCUUAGAAGACAGUGUUUCUCUUCGGCUUCCAAGUUACUCAAAAAACCGGAUCAAGCUAGAGCACUGUGUCUUAUAUCUCACGUAUUUUGGUCAUCCCUAAUUUCAAAUGAGAGUGAUUUAGUGCCUAAAAGGGUACAGGAUGGUGAAAAGGUUAUGACUUGUUUAAAUAAAACUAUUAAAAUAACAAACCAAUGCCUCAAUAACGAGGUCAAACUGCAACUCUACACCGAGAUCCUAAAUAACGCUUAUAUUUUGCAUAACGAGGGUUGUACGGAAUUGCAAACUCAAGGGUUCAUGACGGAUCUAAUAGAUAAGAUAAAUUCCGAACUUAUUCCCUCAAUCACAAACACGAUUAGUGAAGAUAAAGGAAAAAUUAACCCGCUUAUGAUUAAACAAUACAAAUCCAUAGAGGAACUAAUCGUAAAUGGCAAAACGGAAUUACUCGCGGAAAAAAUUAAAUUAGUUAAAAUAUGAGAAAUUGAAUCUUUAGAUUUUUAAGAUCUAUUAUUUUGCCUAAAUUAAAGAAUAGAAUAUACUAAUUUUAUUUCCCUUUAAUAUAUUAUUUGUUUUAUAAAAAAAAAUUAUACAAGAAAAUGAAAUGUAUAUUUAAAAUGAUCGAAUUUUUGUAUUUAUAUGUCUACAAAAAAAGUGAUAAGGGGGACCAGAGACUUGAUUAUUUUAUUUUUAAAUGAACUCUUAAGCUAUAUAUAUGCCAUUUCUAACAAGAGGCAGGCGAUUGAUCAUCAUCUCCUAAGUUUGGUUUGAGCACGCUUAAAAUAUUUUCUGAACUCAAGCAUGUGAAUAAAACCUAGUAUAAAUAUAUAAUUUGAAAUCACUCGGACAAUUUUAUAAAAUUUGAAAUCGCUCGGACAAUUUUAUUAAUUUGUAUAUUAUUAUUUUUUUCUGAACUGUUAUUCGCAUAAAUUUAUACACACGUUAUAUUUUAAAUAUUAAUUUAUCAUUGUUUAUAUUGAUUCUUUUUAUUUUUGAAAAAUUAAUAUAUAUAAGUUUAAAUUUUAAAAUCUUUCAACAAAUCAUGGCCAUAUAUAUUUUUUUUAUCUUAUA